GUUCUGAGCAUGCGCAGUAUAUAUUGGCGCGUAGUACUCCCGGGAACACGACUACUCGUCAACACAAAAGGAACCCUCAUCAUCAGAACAAAUUGAAAUGGCUAGUCAUAGCGGGAGAGAGAAAAAGAAGCGACCAGAGACAAAUACUAUGCAAGUAAUGGCAGGGAAAUCUACAUCCUCGUCCGCAAAGCCCUCUCUUGUAAGAAGACUUUUCAGACGCAGUUCUGCAGCUACUCGCCCUUCAAAUCCACAAGCUUUAUCUCCCCCGGAGACAAUCCCAGAGGAGAGCACUGCUGAGCAGUCAAAGAGAGGACACAAGAACAAGGCCAUGAAGCGAAGCAAAUCAGACAAACAAGUAAUCACUCGGCCACAGCUGAACAAUCCGGAUGACUACACAAUGAAGAGUGCAACACUUCCAUCUCCUCGUUUCACUGGCUCAAAAAGCAGGAAUAACGCUCACUCUCCAAAUGCAUAUCGUCCUCCACCUGUGGCCUUAUCAUAUGUAACCAGCCCUAGCAGAAGGCCUCGUUAUCAUAGCCCAGUUACCCUAGGAACCUCUUCUUCUCCUCCUAUGCCUCAUUCAUUCCCUCACUCACAGCAUCUACUGGUCGAUCAAACCACAUCAACUUGGGACAUAUCUCCUACUGGGGAAAUAAUCGGGCAAUACUCACUCAAGCAAGCAGCUCGAUCGGUCUACCCUCUCCCUCCUUCUCUCCCUCCUCCUCCUCCUCCUGUUGCAGCAAGCACAGAUCUAUUGAGCAGUAUCAACAGUAGCCAUACUUACAGUGAGCCGUACCAUUGGCUCUUCCCCCCAGAGCCAUGCAAAAGUGCACCUCCUCUACCACCUAGAUCACAAAACACAGUAAUGCCUAGUUACUCAAAUCUUGAGGUGUCUCUGUCACUCGAUAACUUAAGUGAUCCAAAAUUUCAUGACUACAUGACUAUCAAUCCUUUCAUGCUCAAUCCAAAAGCAGAUCCUUCAGAUUAUCAGCAACCAAUAGUAACCCAGACGACUCCACUCCCUCCAUGCAUUAGACAUAGAAAAAUGGAUCAGAGACAGAGAGAAAUCAGAGACGACUCAUCCCCCGAAAUCAAAGAAUCAUCCCCGGAAUCAAGAGACGACAUGGACAGUCACUCUCCAUCAUUUCGCCCCCGCUCCAGAUCAGAUACCAGGAGAACCACAGUAGUGAUACUUGAUGAUGAUAGAACAUUAAAAGUAUAAACACACACACACACACACACACACACAGACUGGAAAGGAGAGCUGCAGUGGGGGCAUGAUGCUUAAGUCGAUAUUCAUCCACAUUACCAUUUUAAUUUAUGUUGGUCCCACUCCCUCCAGCACUUAAACACAGACAAUUAAACAUUAAUUGAAAUGUAAUGUUAUUUAGUCUAAUUGCUAGCUAUACUAGUUCUAGUAGUCAUGACAACUAAAAUAGACAUAAAUACUUACAAUUGACACAAAUUAUAUUAACCCUGUUUAUUAUCAUAAUGUUUUUUUCCUAAAAUAAGUUGCUACAUGUAUUUUCAAUAUCACUAUGUACAUAUUACGAUGCAUGGUCAU